AUGACCGGUGCUGAAUAUACUAUCAAAGAAGAACCUGCCUUCACUCCACGCAAAAUUAAAAUCAUCGUUAUCGGGGCUGGUGCCUCGGGACUUAAUUUUGCCAGAGAGGUGUACCAAAACGUCCCAAGUGCAGACUUGGCUCUUUAUGACAAAAACCCAUCCAUCGGUGGUACUUGGUACGAAAACAGAUAUCCUGGGGUUGCUUGCGACAUUCCUUCCAUCAACUAUCAAUACACUUGGGCUCCAAGUACCGACUGGAAAAAGUACUACUCUUCGGGUCCCGAGAUCUUGGCCUAUUUCAAGAAGGUUGCCAAAGAACACGGGUUGGACAAAGAUGUUCAUCUCAACUGUCGGGUUGUUGCGUGUAAGUGGAUUGAAGAAGACAAGAAGUGGGAAGUAACCAUUCAAAGAGGUGAGGACCCGAAUGACACCUUCAUCGACUCGGCCGAAGUCUUGAUCAAUGCUACCGGGGUGUUGAAUAAAUGGAAGUGGCCUGCUAUCAAGGGGUUGGAAAACUUCAAAGGACCCAAGCUUCAUUCUGCUAAUUGGGAUACUUCUUUGUCAUUGAAGGACAAGAGAGUAGGUGUGAUCGGAUCUGGUUCCAGUGCUGUCCAAAUUGUUCCUAACAUUUUGCCACAAGUGAAGUCCAUCACCCAAUUUGUUAGAAGUAAGUUCUGGAUCACUGCUGGUUUUGCUCAAAAAUUCGCUGGUCCAAAGGGAUCCAACUUCGAAUACACCGAUGAACAAAUUCAAAUCUUACAGAAGGAUCCAAAGAAGUACUUGACCUAUAGAAAGAACAUCGAGAGUGAUCUCAACAAGAGAUUCAGAUCGGUGCUUAAAGGAAGCAUUGAACAAAAGGAAGCUAGAGCAUUUGCUGAACAGGAAAUGAAGACCAAGUUGGCUCCCAAACCAGAAAUCGCCGAGAAAGUCAUUCCUCAAGACUUUGGUGUUGGAUGUCGUCGUCCAACUCCAGGUAACGGAUUCUUGGAAGCCUUGUGUGAUGAGAAAACCAAUUUGGUGUAUGACGAUAUCGACGAAAUUACCGAGACUGGCUUGCGCACCAAGGAUGGAAAGCACCAUGAGUUCGAUGUGUUGGUUUGUGCUACUGGUUUUGAUGUCUCUUGGGUUCCUCACUUUCCAUUGAUCGGUAGAGGUGGUAAAGAUCUUCGUGACGAAUGGAAGGAAAAGCCAGAAACUUACUUGUCUGUGUCUGUUCCAAACUACCCCAACUACUUGAUCUUUAUGGGACCUCACGCUCCAUAUGCUCAUGGUUCUGUGUUGCCUAUGACCGAAGCUAUUGCUAAGAACUUCAUUAAAAUCAUCCAGAGAGUUGCUACCGAGUCGAUCACUUCGUUCGAACCAAAGCAAGAAGCUGUCCAAGAUUUCAUCAACCAAAGAAAAACCUUCUUACAACGUACUAUCUGGAAUGACCCUUGUAGAUCCUGGUUUAAGCAAGGUACUUACGACGGGGAGUUGAUGAUGUGGCCUGGUUCUCGUAUUCAUUUCUUUGAGAUCAUGCUGAGCCCAAGAUGGGAAGACUACAACUUGACUUACGAAUUGGAUAACCGGUUCUCGUACUUUGGCAAUGGUUUCCAUGUGAGAGAGUUCGACAACCGUGAUUUGAGUUGGUAUUUAGGUUUGUUGGGUGAUAAGGACGAAGAACCCGAAUAUUCUGAUGAAUACCUUAAGGAGUUCUUGGUCAAGUCUUAG